GAACAGCUAGAGCUGUCGACAGAGGCACACAAUCACCACCUCCGCAUGCGAGAAGCGCAUGACCAUGGAGCAGCAUUACUUUGCGCCUGCGCCUGCGCCUAGCCAAAAGGUCAGAUGUCCCGUGUCUGCAAUCUUGGAGCUCAUCCAACGCACCGCAGUGAUAAAACCGCACGUGCUGCGAGUGAAUGUGCUCACGCUGGGCAACGCCAUCCUGGCCGGAAUCCUAGUCGGAAUAGGCACAUACGGAACUCGUUAUCGGCACCGUGCCUUUGUUCGAGCCCUAUUUCAGGGAGCCACCACCUUGUUCCUGCCGAUCCUCUCCUAUGUUGUUUCCAGUGCCUCAGCCACCGUUUCCACCUUUCGACAAUCAACACCUGGUUACAUCGGUGAUCCUUCAGAAAUCGCAUUUAAUUUCGGGUGCGAUGCAUCCAAGCACUUGUUUAUAGACCUAAUUUGGGCAGGCCUUGUAAACAUUGUUGGAAUCAUUACAUGUACAAUGGUCGCUGCCACUGACAGAGAAGGUCGAAACAUUGGGCUCCCUAUGGCACUGCUUGUACAGGCAAUUUGGUCGUGUUACCUUGUGGUAUCACUGAGACCACAAAUAGAAGCCUUCUUGGAAAUCCCAUACAUGCUCUUACCCACAAUCUUUGCUCUUUUCUUUGCUAAAAUGGCUCUAAGGUAUUAUGCAUUCCUAAAGGCCCGGCGUUCUGUUGCACUUGGACACAAUCCCCCUCUUAUUGUUGGAUACAUAGAGCAACUGCACAAGGGGAGUAGAUAUUGUAUACCACAAACAGUUGAGCAUUGUCCUCCUCCACUUGUAGUUACGGGAGAGCACAGGCAUGAUGUAGUGAAGGUUCCUCAUGGUUUCUUCUUCAAACGGCUGCACCACAACCAAGAUGACAGCAUGACCACGAUGAGCAAUUAUUCUGGCUUGGUAACUGUUGACAAAAUCUGGCUGUCAGAUAACAAGAUUCUGACAUCAGCACCAUGGCUCAAAGAUGUAUGCCUUUCAUUCUCAUUGUUCAAGUUGUUGCGGUGUCGGUUUGCAGGCUACAGUGUUGCUGAAGCAGGCUUUCAGGAAGCCUACAGCUUCUUCUUGCAUGUGUUGCUCAAGGACAAGGACCAUGAAAGAGUGUAUGGCGUGAUAACUGAUGAGCUCUCUUUUCUGCAUGAUUAUUACUAUUCAUCCAUCCCAAUCCACUACUCAAACUUCUGGUUGCCCAUGCUAAACAUCUUUGUUUCACUGUUGACUAUAAUCUACUGCUUAUUACUUGCUCGAUUGGGCAUACCUGAGUUCAUCACAGACAUGGAAUAUCAUUCAGCUCAGGUUCACUGCUGGAUUUCUUGCUCUGCUUAUGGUCAUAAUUUUAAUGGAUAUUAUGACCGGUGGUCGGUGCGUUUUGGAAAUAUAGCGUUUGAUGCUGUUCCGGUAGCGAUAGUCGUUGUAGUGGUUGUGCUUGCUGAGGCAAGGGAGAUUGCUACCUACAUCUGCUCUAAAUGGACUAAAGUAGGACUCAUCAGCUAUGUAGUAAACAACCAUGAUAAGUGGCAGGGAUCUCCUUCCAUGCAAGAAUGGAUUGGGCGUGUGCUGAGAUGCCGGUGCAAGCUGAUGAAGCAUUGGGAUGACAAAAUGAACCAAUGCUCGGUGUUAGUGCUCCACCCAAGAAGAAGUGAUCCAAUAGUGUCCCUUAUCUCGCGUCUCCUCCAUUUGCCCGACAGGAAGAGGAAUGUCAAGGUGCCAAGGGUGGUGAAGGCUGCCAUUGUCGAUGCGCUCAGAAGCAACAACAACAACAAUGGGUUCCUGGCUGACCCUGCAACGUUUCUCCGGCAGAGCCUAGAAGACAGAAGCGGCACCUUCCUUUGGGCCUCCGACGGCGAAGGUAUUGCUGAUAUCAUACUCAUGUGGCACAUUGCAACAGGCAUCCUUGGGGUGAGGCGCCAGCACCAACAACCUCCUUCUGGCGACAUGAUUGUUGCCACACACUUGUCACGGUACUGCGCCUACUUGGUGGCGUACGUGCCGGAGCUGCUUCCCGACUACGAUAAAUGGAGUAAGGGCUUGUACAUGGCAGUCAAGAAGGACUCCAUGCGUGCUCUGGCUGGCAGGGCAGCACGGCCGGCGGCGGAGUCGGAGUACGACAAGCUGGUGUCGUUGCUGCAGGAAAGGGCGGAGAAUGAGGUGCUGAGGAACGGCGUGAAGCUUGCCGAGAAGCUGGAGCGGGAAGGGGAGGAGGCGGCGUGGAGGUUGCUCGCUGGAUUCUGGUCACAGAUGAUCCUGUACAUCGCUCCGUCGGAAAACCUCAACGGGCACGCGGACGCCAUUGCCCGGGGCGGCGAGCUGAUAACAUUCGUCUGGGCACUGCUUAUGCACGCGGGGAUUGCCAGGAGGCCGGCUACUGGCGAAAGAGUUUGAUGGCUACCAGCAUUCUCAUUGUUGAUUUGGGAGUGUUUGACAUUUUUUUUUAAUGCUAAGAGCAGGACGUCCGGAAUAAAAAAAAUCGGACGCUCCGACAUAUGUUUUAAUAGUUGAUCUUCGAUGUUGCAGUUAUGGUUUCCGCAUGUUUUAAGGUGAAUGUUGCAUGAACACUAUUGCAUGAAACAUAGUGUUCAUGUUGCGGCGGGAAUUUUCUAUCCCAGAGUCAAACUACUUAAUUAGUUUUUUCGCAUAUUUUUCAAUGUUGCACCUAUAGAUUUUCGA